AUGGUAGCUAAAAUUGCAGCAGUAAUUGCCCUCCUCGCCGUGGCGAGCGCGCAGCCGCAGCACCACCACGGUCAUGGUCAUGAGCACCACGGUCACGGACACGCAGUCUCCUCACAGAGCGUCGUGCAGCACCAGACGCAACACCACCCCGAACACCACGGGGAACACAGCGAACAUCACUACGAAGGUCAUCACAAUGAGGAACAUCAGCACAAUGAUCACCAUGAACACCACUACGGUCACGCCUCCUCGUCACAGAGCCUCCACCAGCACCACUCACAUGGCACCGAGAAACACGUCGAGUACUAUGGUCACCCUAAAUACGAGUUCUCUUACCAAGUGAAGGACCCUCACACACACGACAUCAAGUCCCAGCACGAGACGCGUGAUGGUCACAUCGUGCACGGCGAGUACAGCCUGCACCAGCCCGACGGCAGGGUCAGGACUGUCAAGUACCACGCUGACCACAAGACCGGGUAAGGUUUACUAAAUUAGCAAAUUCUACUAGUUCUAGUGUCAAGAACCAAAGUACAAUGUUUGUUUAUUUACAGAUUUAACGCAGACGUCCACUACGAGGGUCACGCCACGCACAUCGUUCCCGAACAC